GAUGGUCGGCAUGAGCAGCUUGUGCAGCAGCUUCAUCUCGGCUGGCGUGCAGCCCACCAUCCAGGCCGACAUGCGGGACCGCACCGCCUUCUCCGGCACGCUCACUGCCGUCUGGAUAGUGACCACCGUAAUGGUGCUGUCUUUUGGUGUGACCAGCUACAUCCUGAUCGGAAGUGAUGCCAAGUCGAACGUUGUACACAACCUGGAGCCCGGCAGGCUUCUGCUUGCCAUACAGAUACUUAUGCUCACGCAUGUUCUCACCAGCUUUGUCCUGUACAUCAAUCCCCUGUAUCAAGAGCUUGAAGAAAAACUCAGCAUACCCGAAGGCAGCUGGCGGCAGUACUCGUUCCGAGCGCUCUGCAUGGGACUGCUGGUGCUGGUGAGCGAGGCGCUGCCCGACUUCGGCCACGUGCUCGACAUCAUCUCGGUGCUGGCCAUCACUAUCACGCUGGUGCUGCCGCCUCUGCUGUACCUGCGGCUCGCCGGCCUGCCGCGUGUGGACCUAAAGCUGCGAGCCCUGGAGAAAGCAUUCCUGGUGUUCCUGGUGGUGACAGGCCUGGUGUGCGCACUUGUUGCCGGUUUCGGUACAACUUCAUUCGUGUUUGUCGAGCAGCAGCAGGGAUCCUGUUUCCAACCACGCCAUCUAUCGGCUUCAAAUAUAACUGGAACCACUACACCAGCCAGCAGAGCUAUCAUCUUCAAGCAAAUACUAACCUUUAAGCCCGCGACUAUUGCUUAGAAAAGCCGACGCUUUCGUCUCUCGGCGACCUUACAAGCCCAUUUUAUUUCAAAGAAACUGAGAUGCGAAGAAACCUUUCAAAGAAGGAUGCUUGAAAUGAGUUGCGCUGCACGUACGCCAAAAAACAGCAAUACAUUCCAAGGACGCUACGUUCUGCAAAGCACGCUUGAUUUCGGUGCAACCAUUCAUGAUUUUGACCCCCUAGGUGAUGGAAAAACAUCACUUGUAUCAACCAGGCCCUUCUCUUUGCUGACUCUGCAGUCAUUCUAAGCGACGUAUGCUGACCUUAUAGUCCAUUGAUGCUGUGUACGAAUCACAGAGCAGUCAUGCAGUCUCGCCUGGCUGACAUGGACAAGUCAGCUGUCAAGUGGCCAAAUGACGUCAUUCUGGGUCAGAGGUCGUGUCGUAGUAUUGUAUGUAAAAACGCCACAGC